AUGAACAUGUUCGAGGUCACUACGCUCGGCCAGCCUUUGGAGGUCCUCAAGACCCAGAUGGCUGCUAACCGAAAGCAGACCAUGGCCGAGGCCUUCAAGACUGUCUACAGCCGUGGAGGUUGGACGGGUUUCUACCAGGGCUUGAUUCCAUGGGCCUGGAUCGAAGCUUCCACCAAGGGCGCCGUCCUUAUCUUUACCAGCGCCGAGAUUGAAAAAUACUCGACCAAGGCCUUUGGCCUCAACCCUGCGGCUGCCGGUAUGCUGGGUGGUGUCGGAGGUGGUAUCGCUCAGGCUUAUGCCACCAUGGGUUUCUGUACAUGUAUGAAGACUGUCGAGAUCACCCGACACAAGCAAGCCUCCGCCGGUGCCCCCGUCGAAUCCACCUUCAAAGUCUUCCUCGACAUUUACAAGCGAGAAGGUCUCGCCGGUAUCAACAAGGGUGUAAACGCUGUUGCUGUGAGGCAGGCUACCAACUGGGGAUCCAGGUUUGGUUUCGCGAGGCUGGCCGAGGAUGGGUUGAGGAAGGUGCGGGGUAUCAAUGAUGGCGAAAAGCUUGGUGCGAUGGACAAGAUUGUGGCGAGUACGCUUGGUGGUGCUUUGGCUACUUGGAACCAGCCUAUCGAGGUUGUCCGAGUCGAGAUGCAAUCCGCCAUCAAGUCUCAAGAUCCUUCCCGCCCGGCCAAGAAGACUGUCCUCAACACCUUGUCGUACAUCUACAAGACGAACGGUAUCACCGGUCUUUACCGUGGUGUCGCUCCUCGAAUCGGUCUCGGUGCUUGGCAGACUAUCUGCAUGGUCAGCUUUGCCGACUAUGUCAAGGCUUUCAUCAAUCCCGUCGCCGCCACCCCUGCCUCCCCCGCCAAAUAA